AUGUCUGCAAUUAGCAAAUCACUCGUUCAGAAGCUGAAGGCGGCGUUUCCGGAACUACAUAUCGUGACGCCAGAUUCACCGGACUAUGCAAAAAGCAUAGAGCGUAACAUAAAAAACACCCAGAAGCCUGCGGGCGUUGUGGUCUAUGCAACAUCCACAAAAGAUGUUGCCUCCCUGGUUGAGUUUACAGGAGCCAAUUCUCUUGACGUAGCAGUCUGUGGAGCAGGUCAUUCACGCAUUGGGGCGUCAUCUACGAAUGGAGGAGUGUGCAUUGAUCUAUCCAAAAUGCAAGCUAUAUCUGUUGAUACCAACACAAACCACAUCACGGUACAAGGAGGUGCAGUUUUGCAAGAUGUUUACAUGGCCGUUGAAAAGUAUGGGCUUGCACUUGUAGGUGGACUCUGUAGCAAUGUUGGUAUUGGUGGUUUUGCAUUGAUGGGAGGCUAUGGGUGGUUGACGGGGGCGCAUGGCCUUGCAGUUGACAAUAUCGUCCGGGCGGAAAUAGUUCUAGCAGACGGUAGUGUUGUUAUAGCAUCUAGAUCUGAGAAUCCAGAUCUAUAUUGGGCGAUUAGAGGUGCUGGGCCAUGCUUUGGAAUUGCUACAUCUAUUGUCUUCCAAGGAUUUGUCCAAGGCCCAGUUUGGAGCGGCGAACUCACAUUUUCACCAGCUGCUCUUGGAGCGCUUGUGGAAUUCGCAAAUCACGUUCUCAAUGUCUCGAAGGGCGAAAGUUCCAUGGUCAUGAUACAGGGCCAGCUGCCGGGCUCAACUGAACCUCUCGUUGUGGUCGAGGUAUUCUACAAUGGAACAGAGGACGAGGCUAAGGGAUUCUUUGCUCCACUGCUCAAACUUGGCCCCAUUAAAGAUAGCACGAAGAUGAUGCCCUUCUCCCAAACGACAGGAGGCGGUGAUGAUAUACCACCUGGCUUUGGGAAGGGGACAGGUGGGGGAAUAAUGGAACCAAUUGAUGCAGACUUCGUUGAAAGUCUUUACGAAGACUAUUUGACGUUUAUCAAGAACGUUCCUGAUGCUUCUGAAAGUUUGAUCGCUUAUGAAAUUCACCCAACUUAUGGGACAUUGCUUCACUCACAGAACGAAACGGCAUUUCCAAAUCGGGGCACGUUUGGCAAUGUUGUCAUCUAUGCGGCAUAUACGAAAGAUGAGAGCGCUCCUGCUUGUGAAGAAUGGUGUCGCAAAAUGCAUGAUAAAAUCCACAAUGAUUUUGAGCGUCGAAAAGAAGUUGACGGCGUUGAUGACACUACGAAGACCGGAGUGGGUCUUGGUGAGAGCCCGAAGCGUUUGUAUGGAGUCAACUACGAGAGGCUUGUCAGGAUCAAGAGGAUAUAUGAUCCUCAAAAUGUAUUCAACAAAUGCGUAGAUUUGUUGAAAGAAUCCGAGGAAUCUAGCAUAAUACAAUAG